GUCUAGAGUUCUAGACACUCCGGCUUCCUCAGCAACAAACAGCGAGAUCUAUUGACUCCAGCUCCCAUUAAUUCUUUGUUCAAACUAGAGACAUAAAGACAUGCUAGGGUUUUCAUACGGAGAGUUGUUUUUAUUGCUUGGAGCUACUGCGGCUUUAAUUGGACCUAAGGACCUUCCAGUCAUAGCAAGAACUGCUGGGAGGUUAUCUGGCCGUGCUAUUGGCUAUGUUCAAAUGGCCCGUGGUCAAUUUGAGAGUGUCAUGCAGCAAACUCAAGCUCGACAGGUCCACAAAGAGCUACAAGAUACAAUUGCUCAAUUAGAAGCCAUACAACAUGGAAUCCGAACCAUUUCUUUUGUGAAUCCGGGUCCAUUAACCACAAGGCUAGUUGAUAACAUAAAAAAUCACUCACCCACUGCUGGUGCUGGUACAUCGAUGGAAAAUGGACCUGAAAAGUCUGAAAGUAAGGGCACAACUAUCAGUAAUACACCCAAGGAUUGUAACUUUAAGCCCUCAACCUCUUCUGAUAUGAACAGUCAAGCAACAGCAUAUGCAAAACUUGCUGAAAUCACAUUAUCAAAACCCAAGUAUGAAAACUGCGAAGCUCUGAAUGAGGUUCCUGAUAAGUCUGGUAAUCUUGUGCUUCCAGUCUCUGCUAAAAGUGCAGGUCUAUUGCCUGAUCAUACAGCUGAAGCAAAGGGAUCUGACAUUGUGCUAGAAGCUAUUAUAGAGGCAGAUGUGGCACAAAAUUCAAAGAAGUUUUUCACACAGCCCCAAAAUCAAAUGAAAUGAAAUAGAGGUACCUGGUUAUUCAAUAUAAUAGUGUAGCUACUCAGAUUAACCGUUUGGUUGUGUGACAUCUAUCACAUCUGCUGGCUUGGGAAGUGUAUUGAUUUACAAAACCAGGUCAUUCCACCCCAGAUUACCUCCUAGGAGUUCUUACUGUGAUUAGAAUGUCCUUUGGUCCUAACAUAUCAAAAUCCUAGAUCAGCAUACAGAAUUCAAUGCAUGAAGUAUGUAAAACAACUCGGUUAACAACCUCAAUUGAUAUGUAGCCGUUAAGAUUUGCAAACAAGAAUAUCAGAGUGAAGUUAAAUUCAGGGUUAAUCGAAGACACAGAUUCACCGUCUCUACAGAUUCCCAUUAAAGUUGAAGUAACUCUGGGGAAUGGAAUGAACUCUGCAUAUGAAAAGAGUUUUUAAACAGUGAGAUAAUGCAAUGUUUUGAGGAGCCCUAAAAAAACUGUAGGUGGAUGAUGAAGACCAGAUGCCUAGGCGUAGCUUCUCAGCAGGGUCUAGUAGUAGGUAGGCAGGGAUCUUAUAACUGACAGUUAUA